AUGUCAAGCGGAGGCAAUGUCACAUUAGCUUCUAAUGUGCUCGGCACUAUUGGUACAUUACUGUGGUGUAUACAGUUGAUUCCUCAGAUCUGGUAUAACUGGCGCAGAAAAAAGACAGAUGGAUUUCCUGCAGCGAUGAUGUUCUUAUGGGCAAGUUGUGCGGUCCCAAUGGGAGCUUACUUCAUCCUACAAGAAGUGAAUAUCCCGAUACAAAUCCAGCCACAGAUUUUCGGCUUCUUUUCUUUAGUUAGCUGGACUCAGAUCCUAUACUACAACCAUCAGUUUAAAGCAACGCUGGUUUGCUUGGGUACGAGUGCGUUGUUCGGUGGACUUGAAGCACUUCUCAUUCUUACACUGCGAAUUCCUUACAAUAAGGGCAUUACAUGGCCUGAUAUUGUGGUAGGGGUCUUCGCUGCCAUCCUGUUGAGUGGGGGUUUACUGCCACCGUACUUUGAAUUGUGGAAACGGGAUGGAAGAGUUGUUGGAUUCAGUAUGGUCGUCCUGGAAGCAGGAAUUUAUAUCAGCCAUAUCGUCUGGCGUAUUCGUUACCGCAAACUUCGGAAAGAAGCCAAGGCUUCUGGCAUGAGCAUUGAUGAUUUUUUUGACUUGAACAGACGUGAUACUGACUCGGAAGAAACGCAAUCUCAACAAAAAAGUGAUCCGGGGAAUGAAAAACAAGAAUUCACCGGACAGACCACUGAUUCAAUCACGCCAGAUCAUAAUGUAUGA